AUGACCACACUUGUGACGAGGUUCCAAAGCCGUCUGAGCUCCGUCUGCCACUCGGUCGGCCGAUCGCCUCGCGUGUUUGUCAAUUUCCUUCCUGCGUGUCCCAAGGCAUGCCGGAAAAUGGGCACUGUGUUUCUAGUACCUGAAGAAGCCAAGGGCUCCAGGAUUCGGAGCCCCUUUAUGCUCGGGAGGAAACAAGAGAUUUUCUUCCCUCCCCUCUUGUACAUCCAGUUCCCCCGCUCCAUUUCAAAAGUAUUGGCGGCUUCCAGACAGUCACAGUUAGUGCCUAAACCUGAGAGGACAGCUUCAGAUGGAGCAUCUCCAUUGCCGGGACUGGAUAUAAGCAUGAAACCUGGUGCCGCCCCGUCUCCUUUCACUGCCCCUCCCCUUCCCCCACCUACUCCUGGCCUACCAGACCCACCACCCUGGGAACCAUCUCCACAAUCUCCCAUGCCUUCAGCAUUCUCUCCAGGCAACCCUCUGGUGCUCUCUGCUUUCCCCAGCCCACUGUUGGUGACAGAGGACGGGGACCCUUGCCCCACAGGGGCUGGGGCUGGCAAGGUCAUUGUCAAAGUCAAGACUGAAGGGAAACCAGCUGAGCCCUCUCAAACUCAGAACUUUAUCCUUACUCAGACGGCCCUCAAUUGGAUUGCCUGUGGAAACCCUGAGGGUCUUCCACCUCAAUUUAUGACAGCCUCUAAUGUGAAGACCAUUCUGUCCACUAAGUCUGUUGGAGUGAGCCAGGAGGGCCUGUCAGGUCUUCCUCCUCAGGCUUUACCACCGGCUGCCCAACUGGCCACCAUGGCGCCCCCGGAAAAGGCUCGGCCAGGGCCACAUGGGACAACUGGGGACGCAGGUCCUGUGGUUGCCGGAUCCAAGUCCUCACUGGGUGACCCCUCCUGUACUUCCAAGGGUGUUUAUGAGAACUUCCGUCGCUGGCAGCGAUACAAAGCUUUGGCCCGGAGGCACUUAUCCCAAAGUCCUGAUACAGAAGCUCUUUCCUGUUUUCUUAUCCCAGUGCUUCGUUCCCUGGCCCGGCUGAAGCCCACUAUGACCCUGGAGGAGGGACUGCCAAGGGCUGUGCAGGAGUGGGACCGCACCAGCAACUUUGACCGGAUGAUCUUUUAUGAGAUGGCAGAAAAGUUCAUGGAGUUUGAGGCUGAGGAGGAGACGCAGACUCAGAACACACAGCUGAUGAAUGGGUCUCAGGGCCAGUCUCCUGUAGUCCCUUUGAAACUUGAUCCUCCAGGGCCCCUGGCCCCUGAGGUUUGCCAGCAGCCAGUGUACAUCCCAAAGAAGGCAGCCUCCAAGGCCCGGGCCCCCCGUCGGCGUCAGCGCAAACCCCAGAGGCCUCCAGUUCCUGAGGCACCCAAGGAGAUCCCACCAGAGGCUGUGAAAGAGUAUGCUGACAUCAUGGAAGCACUGGUGGGGAGUCACUUGGCCACUGGGGAGUCAGAUGGAAAACAGGAAGAGCAGUGGCAAGAGGAGGAAGGGAUGUAUCCAGAUCCAGGUCUCCUGAGCUACAUUGAUGAGCUGUGUUCUCAGGAGGUCUUCGUCUCCAAGGUGGAAGCUGUCAUUCACCCUAGAUUUCUGGCAGAUCUGCUAUCCCCAGAACAACAGAGGGAUCCCUUGGCCUUAAUUGAGGAACUGGAACAAGAAGAAGGACUCACUCUUGCUCAGCUGGUCCAGAAGCGACUCCUGGCCUUGGAAGAAGGGGAGGAUGCAGAGGCUCCUCCAAGUUGCAGUGGAGUUCAAUCAGACUCGAGUCUUUCUGUUUCUGAUGGGGAUGAAGAUGGGGCUGGGCGGCUUCAGCCCUCACCUAGACCUCGGGGGACUGGGGGUGCUGUUUACCUUAGAAAGGCUGCUUCUCCAGGAAAAUGGGCAAGAGAAGUACAUGGAGGGCAGGAGCAAGCCCUUGAUGGUCCAAGGGGGACACGUAGGGAUGGGAACACGCUGCCAGCCCCCAGCAGCUGGGACCUGCAGUUAGAAACUGCAGCUCCACAGGGAACUCCAGAACCCUUGAGAAGGGGUUCUGGAAAGGUUAUAAACCAGAUAUCUACACAUCAGCAUGGCUACCUGGGAGGUGCUGGGUCCCCAGGACACUGCUUGGAGGCUGAUGGGACUUCAGAGGCUCAGCCCAUUUCCUGGCAGGAAGGUCGCCAGCCCCAGGGAGCUCCCAGUCUGGAUGUUGGACUUGCAGAGCUGGCUCCUCUGCAAGAAGGAGGGUUAGAAAAGCAGGUCCUCAGGUUCCAGACAGGAGGUCUUGGAGCACUUGCUCAAGGAGAGGAACCUUUAAUAGUUCCCCAGGAAGGCUCUUCAGGAGCCAAAUGGGCAGAUGACAGAGGUCCUCCCUUGGCUCAGAGUUAUGAUCAGAACCCUUCCCCUAGAGCAGCUGGGGACAGGGUCGUGGUCUCUCUCAGCCCAGAACUUUGGUUGAGCAGUGAGAUGGAGGCUGUAGGCUUGGAGUUGCCCAUACAUAUCGAAGAGGUCAUAGAGAACUUUCGAGAUAGGGAAUGUGUGACUGAGCACCAGGGAGGCUGCCAGGUAUUGGGCUCCAGAAGCAACAUUUCUCUGAGUCCUGGAGAAGACACAGUACCCGGGGUUAUGGAGAACAGUAUGGUUCUUUGUAGAGGCACAGAUACCACAGCUGCCCUAGAAGAGAGAAACUACUGCAGCUUGCCAGGACCUCUAAGGGCCGAUGGCCUGGCCUUGAGGUCCAAAGAAAAUAGAGGACAGAGCCUCGAGACCAUACAGGAUCCUGGACAUCUGUGGGCUGAAGGUUGUUCCCCACUGCUGGAGGGAAUAAUUGGUACCUCCACAUUGGAGUCUUCCAAAGACACCCUCUCGCCUGCAUACCAAGACAGUCUCAUUCUGGGGACCCAGGAUGCUGCCUCCUCUGAGGCCAGCCGAGAGGCAGGGAACAGAGGUGAUUCCUUUUCUCCUCUGUUGAAAACCACAGAACAUGUCAACAUAGUAGAUAUUAGAGAUGACUGUGACUUCCAACUAGGGGUCAGUGAGGAUACUUGCUCACCUAAUUUUAUUUCUUAUGACCUCCAAGGAGAGGGUGGGAAGGAUCCCGAUCUAUCCAAAUCUAAAGACCUUGUUCCUUUACAAGGGAGUCAAAAAUCUUAUACACUUGGGACUCCCAAAUCAACACCUCCUCACGAGGGCCUUGGAGGCACUUCUCCUAGUCAGGGAACCAGGGAUGCCUUAGUUCUGAGAGAAACCUCUCCUGUUAGUGAACCACAAAGCUCAGCAGAUGGGGCAAAAGGAAAGGAGAAAGAGGAGAAGGAAGAGGCAGAGAAGGGAGAGGAGGAGGAAGAUGAGGAACUCUCCAACUUUGCCUACCUCUUGGCUUCUAAACUUAGUCUAUCACCAAGGGGGCUUCCUCUCAGUCCUCACCAUGCCUUGGGAGGUCGGGGCAGCCAGAGAGCAUUCUACCCCCUCUCUGCUGGGGCAAGAGGCCUCAACCAAACUCUACAUCCUGUUGCCAAGGCUGGGAAGCAAGCUCUUGCUGGAGGUCCAGUCCUUGCUGAGAAGAGACCCCACCCUGGAGCUCAACUUGGGAUCCCUGGGGAGAAUCCCCAGGCUCUGGGAGAAGUUGGACCCUCACAGUCUCGUAAAAGGCGGCGUGACAGUUUUGUCACGAGCAGAAGGAAGAAACGACGUCGUAGCCAGUAG